AUGCCUUCAUAUGUUAAGUUCCUUAAAGAGAUAUUAUCUAAUAAGAAAAAGCUUGAGGAUAACGAAACCAUUAUGCUUACUGUUGAGUGUAUCACUAUUAUUCAAAAUGACAUGCCUCAUAAGAUGAAAGACCCAGGUAGUUUUUCCAUACCAUGUGUAAUCAGAAAGUUUAUCAUAGACAAAACUCUCGAUUUAGGAGCUAGUGUUAGUUUAAUGCCUUUAUCCACAUGCAAGAAACUCAAUUUAGGAGAACUAAGACCAAUGAAGAUGUCUCUACAACUAGCUGACCGUUCUGUUAAAUUUCCAAUAGGUAUGCUAGAGAACAUUCUUGUUCGUAUAGGUCAACUCUAUAAUCCCACCGACUUUGCGCUAGCUAUAGAAGAUUCAUGUUGUCUCUUAGACGUCAUUGACAAAUGUGUGAAAGAAAUGGAAAGGGAACCAUCUAAGUAUACUGAAGUACUAAAGAUUCUAGUGCCUCCUAUAUUCGAAGAUGAUAAUUGA